UUAUUUGCAAGCAAUUUUAGUUACACGUUCAUUUAAUCCUGGGCCUCAAACCUAUCAUGACUUAUCAUCAUCAUUCCUAAAUAUAGAGUCCCUUUCAAGGCUGCUAUAAUACUCUAAUUUGCAGGUGUAUGGAGUCUCUGUCUCACUGCUUCUCUGUUCAUCACACAGUACAUGUUCAUCUCUGUUCAUCAAACAGUACAUUUUUCAUUUAAUUAGUGACCCCCUUGUUCAAUUCUGAUGAAACUUGCGAAGGACACUCUUGCAGAUAUCUAGUUAGCACAUGUUAUUAAAAGUAUCAGAAUGUGGUUUUAUAUUGAUGCACCUUGUCUGUCUUGCUGUCUGUCUGUAUUACAUUUGUUGGCAUAUUUCUAAAGAGGAGACCUUUUCAUUAAUAUCGAGAUAUUUCGUGAGAAAUUAGUCUGAGUGAUUUAUCAUGCAACAGAGUCCUUAUCCCCAGGUAUAGGGUAUAAUGCUUUCCUAAAAAAAAAAAAAAAAAAAUGUCAUUUAAUCUUGUCAUUUAAUCCUUGUCAUUUAAUCUGCAGAUGAAAAAUCAAAAGGCUGUGUCUGAUCGCGUGCAGGGUAAUUACAGGAGCGUUCCCAUGACAACAUUCUAGAAUAUAAUAUAACAAUUUACAAAUUGAUCAUUUUUUUCCCAGUGUAAUACUGUUAAUUUGUCGAAUUUCUUGAAAAACAAACAAUAAAUUCUGUGAUUUUGUCAUAAGCGCUCCACUACUGCAGUUGUGUUACUUGGUUGCUAAGAGACGGCUGGAUGUAUCAACAAUUCUGCACGUAUUACUGCAGGAACCUCUGUGAACAGCAACGCUGUCAAUUCCCAGAAAGUUUAAACAAUACAGCGUUUCUAUGUUAGUCUGGUUAUCAAACUUUUAUUUAUUUAUUUUAAGAACAUGGGGAAUGGAGCCAGUAGUAGAGUUGGACCAGAAUUUAAGAAUGUGGCAAAUGCUGCAUCUCUCAAAAGAGAGAGCAUUGUGUCCAACAUCAUAUCGCAAACCCCUAGAAGUAAUAAAGAUAUGCUAGCUGAAACUAGGCUGACCGAUAUGGAGAUUUCUGCCCAAAAGACAGGGCUGGAGGAACAAUUAAAAAUUCUGAAAAAUGAAAGAUCAUCCAUGGAUGUUUUUGAAGGCAGUGUCAAUGACAUCGACAAGUACAUUCAACAGUUAGAAGCAGAAGUUAAAGAAUCCCAAAAACACAUUACUAUUCUGAAACAGAGAAAUAAAAGAAAAGUGAAAAAGCUCCAAACCGAAUUGGUUCAAGCAAAACAAGAGGCUGCGCUUGUUGCUAUAGAAAUGAAAGAGAAGAUUCGAAGUAUAGAAGAGAGACACUCCACUAGAGGCAAGGAGAGGUCAUGCCAUGUGCCGUCUGAAGUCAGUUCUGAUGAAAAAAAUCGACUUUGCCUCAUCCUUGAGCUGUCUAGCCAGGUGUCCCAACAGCAGGCAGCCAUAAAUCGCCUGGAAGCAGCCUUGGAGCAGAAAGACGUGAAGCUUAAAGAACUGGAGGCAGCUCAUGCAAUAUUGGUGCAUGCUGCCGAAUGCAAUAAAGUAUCAUCAUCAAGACAGCCUGGUAGUGGGCCCAGUUCUGAGCAUCGAAGAACAAGACUUUUGGAGUCUAACAGCUCAGUUGAUGCAAUGCUAUCAGCUGAAGACAAACCACCCAGUGGUAAAAUUAUGGAACACAACUCUGCCUUGGGACAGAAGUUAAUGCAAGGAUCAGCCUUAAAACUGAGUGAAAACCUUGGACUGGAGAAGAUGCAAAGCUCUGAGGAAAUGAUGAAGAGCCACAGAACUGGGUCUGCUACUUCUACAGAGAGUGGAGUGUCCAUGACUGUGUGUGAGACUGAACCCCUGGAAGACACCAAUUAUGAACUAAUGCAAACCUUUUAGAAAUGUAGUAAAAAACUAACACAGCAAUAUAACAGGCUGCACAUUUUUAUAUUAUGGGUUCAUUACUCUUGGGAAUCAAACAAAACAAUUAACCUAUACAUGACCAGAAGUAACACACAUAUUUGCAAAGGCAUACAGUAUGCAGGUGUUCAGUGAUCUAAUUGCAGUCUAAUUCAGAACUAUGCAUACCGGUACUAAUAUUUAAGCAUUAAUGGCCAUACAGGUUUACAAAACGGUCUAGAAAACGAUAGCACGAUGGCGGUAUGAUGACAUCACAAAUCUAGAAAAGAACAUUCCAUUCUGUUCGUUAUUUUUCUUUUGGGAAAUACUGUAGUAGAAAAGUUGAUCGUUUAAAUAUAUUUGACAUUGUUAAUGCUAACAUUGGUACACUGAAUUUUUAACAGUAGCUCCCAAAAUAUAUCUUUCUGUUUACUUGUUUUAAUUAAAUCGGAUUGAUAUUGUUUGUUUAAAACACAGUAAUGAGGCUUUUUGUUUAUGCUAGCGGGCGUUCACUGGUAAAUAAUGACCUGACAUACUGUAUCUUGAUUGGCUGAGGCGGUGUCCGAUGUUCUAUUAUGUUUCUAAAAAAGAAUGCCACUUUCCAAGGUUAUUGCACCUACCAGGAUUACAAAUGAAUGUAGCCUAACAGAUCUUCUAUACAGAUUGGUUAUCUUGAUAAUACAGUAGAAGUAAUCCUACUACAAAUUUUCAGAUAAGAAUUCUUACAUGAUUUUACACUUUGAUAAACGGAAUAUUCUGGUGUGACAAGCUCACAGAUAGUGAAUCAUUGGCAUGUAUCAUAAGUUCCAAUUUUAUAAAACUCGGGUGCUUCCUCUUGUGUCUCCAAAUGUUCUAGGAUGGUUGAUGUUAGUGGUGGUUUACAACACACUCCAUUUGUAGGAGGAAAUGCACAAUGUACAGACAUGUUUAGUAAAACUUGAAAAAAAAAGCUUGUUGCAUUGGACAAUAAAUCAGUGAUUGCACUAUAUAUAUGUUUUAAAGGCUUUGCUAUUGCCAUUUAUCAGAAACUACAGUUUGUGAUGUAGUUCUUGAAAUGUACAGUUGGUCCUUAUUUUUAAAUAGGCCAGCUGAUUUUCAGUUAAAUACAUAUUAUUUAUUUCUUAACAGACACCCUUAUCCAGGGCAACUUACAAUUGUUACAAGAUAUCACAUUAUCUUUACAUACAAUUAAGUUAUUUUUACAUACAAUUACCCAUUUAUACAGUUGGGUUUUUAACUGGAGCAAUCUAGGUAAAGUACCUUGCUCAAGGGUACAGCAGCAACGUCCCCCACCUGGGAUUGAACCCAUGCCCCUCUGGUCAAGAGUCCAGAGCCCUAACCACUACUCCACACUGCUACCCCAUGAAAACAAUCAUCUGAUGUUAACUACUGUGUUCUUAAUAUUGAAAUAAAUCCAGGAUUCAAACCUUAAACUAGUUAAAAGGGUAAAUUGAAAUUGACGCUCCUCUCUCUUCUCAGUAUAUAGAAUCCCUUGGAGGUUGUUUAAAGGUACUUUUUGUGAGUGUUAAGGCUACAAAUUAUUAUUUCCAAAAACAAUACAUUAGCAAAAUAAAUAAAUACAUAUAUAAAUAAAUAAAUACAUACAUAAAUUAAAACAACUGUAACAUAUCUUUUUGAAAAAGGAACCUGAAAAGCUCUCAGGCACCUAGCAUUUCUUCAUUUACAAAUACAGUUGAUAGCUCCAAUGGAAGUUUGCUGCUUUAAAAACAGAUUACAAAGAAAUCUAAACAUCAACAUUACAAUCUAACCCCAAAUUACAUUAACCCUGUGUAAUUGCAGAGGAAAUCUCCUUAGAUAACAUUCCAUUCAAAGUAAGUUACAGAAGCUUUCUGUGCUAAUGUAUAAUGGGUUCAAUUUAAAGUAUUUUUGAAGCCCUAUUAGUGGGGAGUAAAGGCUAUCUGAUACAUUUAUCAGAUAAAGUCAAGCCUGUUAAAACUGCCCUUUUUGCCAUAAAUAAACCAUGGCAAAUGUACUCUGAAUACAAUCUCUUCUCUUUUGUUUGAUUGUUAUAUUUU